AUGCGUUUUCCUAUUCAUUUCUUCUGUAGUACCGUUCUUAUGUUCUCCUUGGGUUUACUCCGUUAUUAUCGAAUUUUACCUCAAUUACUGCAAUCAUCAACAUCUGCUAAGACAGCAAUGGAAGAAUUCUGUAACAAACACCAAGAAAAUGUUACUUUCUACAAGGGAUUAAUUAUACAAAGUUCGAAAUUGAAUACAUUGGUGUGUCUUGCGCCAAAAACCGGUACUACAAACCUGAUUCGCAUUUUUCAUGCAAGUCUCUUCAAUACAAACCACAGUGUUCAAGAAAAUGCAAAGUGGAUGCAUCAAUUCGAUCGUUUUGAUGUUUGGAGUAAACUAUAUCCAACUCUCGAAAAUUUUACUGUCAUUAAUACUCCUAAAACAUUGUCAAAUCUUAUUACUGAGAAACGCCUCUUCAAGUUUCUGUUUGUGCGACAACCUCUACGACGAAUCUAUUCGGUUUAUCACGAUAAAUUUAACAAUACAAGUCGUGAUUCAAAAUCAACAUAUUGGGUGGAUAUGCGUCGUCUAAUUUUGAAACAAAUGAAUAAAUCCAACGAUGAUCUUCUAGAUUUUCGUACGUUCUUGCAAUAUAUCGUUCAUUCGAUUUCACACGGUUUCGAAUUGGAUAAUCAUUUUGAUUCUAUUUACAAGUUAUGUGGUAUAUGCUCAAUCAAAUAUGAUUUUGUCGGCAAAGUUGAAAAUAUGGAGUACGAUGGUCCAAAGAUACUUGAUCAGUUAAGAAUUUCACAUCGUCUUACAUUUCCAUCACGACAACUUGAUGAUAGAGAAGGAAUAACUAUGACAGAUGACGAUAUACUCCAAGUGUUUCGAAAUACGUUAAAAAAUGAGAAUCAUGUACAGAUUUUAAUUGAAUAUUUUCUGAAGGAUUUCCAAGCAUUUAACUAUCCAGUUCCUUCUAUCAUUAAACGACUUACAACUACACCUCAUUGUUCCACCGCUUCAUUAAUACCAUUUUAA